AUGCCUGUUGUCAAGGGCGGCGUUUGGACCAACAUAGAGGAUGAAGUUCUUCGUGCAGCAGUAUCGAAGUACGGACUCAAUCAAUGGGCGCGUGUCUCGUCGCUGCUUGCGCGAAAAACUCCGAAACAAUGUAAAGCGAGAUGGGUGGAGUGGCUAGAUCCCGGUAUUCGCAAGAUCGAAUGGUCGAGAGAGGAAGAUGAAAAGUUGUUGCACUUGGCGAAAUUGAUGCCAACGCAGUGGCGCACUAUCGCACCGAUCGUGGGAAGAACGGCAACACAAUGCUUGGAGAGAUACCAGAAGCUUCUUGAUGAAGCCGAGGCGCGUGAAAAUGAUGAGUUAGGCCUAGGUGGUCCUGGAGGGGAGGCACAGGCUCCGAGCGCAGAUGAUGUUAGACGCUUAAGACCCGGCGAACUUGAUCCCGAUCCUGAAUCGAAACCCGCUCGUCCCGAUACCAUCGACCUUGAUGAAGAUGAAAAAGAGAUGUUGAGUGAAGCCCGUGCCCGUCUGGCCAACACUCAGGGUAAAAAGGCGAAGCGCAAGGCUCGAGAGCGCCAGCUUGAAGAAUCGCGACGACUAGCCGUUUUACAAAAACGCCGCGAACUCAAGAACUCGGGCAUAAACAUCAAGGUUGUUACUACAAAAAAGGGUCAGAUGGAUUACAAUGCCGAUAUCCCCUUCGAGAAAGCACCGGCUCCAGGUUUCUAUGACACCAUUGAAGAACAAGAUCGAAAUGAACGACAGCGGGAACUGUUUGAUCCUCGGAAGCAACAAUUGGCAAACAAGCGCAAAGGCGACCAGGAUGAAGAUGGUGAGCGCAAGAAGAGGAAAAAUGAGAAGCAGUCAACAUCGGCCGCGGCGGCGCAAGCUGGUCGUAUGCAAAAGAUUCGGGAAGCCGAGCAACUUAGCAAGCGUCGCGCUCUCAAUCUACCCGCCCCUCAAGUGAGUGAGGGCGAGUUGGAAGAUAUUAUCAAAAUGGGCAUGGCCGGAGACAGGGCGGCCAAGUUGGCUGGUGAAGAAGAAGGCACCAGGGGCUUAAUUGGAAAUUAUGCCGCCAUGACUGGAGCCACACCAAUCCGGACUCCUCGGGCACCUCCUCAAGAGGAUCAUAUCGCAAAUGAGAUUCGCAACAUAAGAGCACUUACUGAAACCCAGUCGUCUCUAUUGGGCGGUGAAAACACCCCGCUUCAUGAGGGAGGGGCUUCUACUGGCUUUGAUGGCAUCGCUCCUCGUCGACAGGAAAUUGUCACGCCAAACCCUAUGGCUACGCCGUUCCGGCAAGGCGUCAAUGGAGUUGGUGCCACGCCCAUGCGAGGUGGAGUUGGCCCUGGAGCGACGCCUUUGCGCACGCCAAGAGACCAGUUCGCACUCAAUAAUGAUGAUGGAACCCAGAUUAUCGGCAGUACACCCAGAGAAGUAAAGAUGCGCGAUAACUUCAUGCGGCAACAGCUUCGUGGAAAGCUUGCAUCUCUUCCAAGACCGAAAGAAACGGAAUGGGAACUUGAAGAGCUUCCUUCAGAGUCUCAGGAAUCAACAGCUGAAGGCUACGAGGCAGAAGAGGAUUCUGCAGUGCGCGACCAGCGGGAAGCAGAGAUCCGCAAAAAAGCUGCUGAUGCAGAGUUCAGACGGCAGACACAGGUUUAUCAACGAUCUUUGCCACGGCCUAGCGUGAUUGAUGUUACUGCGCUUCUGGAACGUGUCUCACAUAUUACCGACCCUAUAGAGAGUCUGAUUGCCAAGGAGGCCGCAAAGCUCAUUGUUACUGAUGCAAAGAAACACCCACUUCCUGGUAGUAAGAUCAAUGGCAAGCCGCUGAAUCUUGACAAGAUUGACGACAAGUGGCUCGAAGCCGCASGAGCCGAGAUUGCAAACUCUGUGUCUUCUGAGGACAUUAAAUCACAGUGGCAAGCCGAUUUUGACGCGACCUGGAGCUCAACACAUGAGACUUCACUUCCUGGGCUCGCCAUCUAUGACGAUGACGAAGAUGCUUUACGACAAGAACAGAACAUGAUCAAUGCAUUCGAUAAUGUUCAGAACACGCUGGUGGCAACUGCGGAGCAGGACAACAAAAUAGAGAAGAAGCUUUCAUUGCAUUUCGGUGGAUACCAAGCACGUGCGAAGACUCUGCGAAACAAAAUUGUGGAAGCGACUUCAGCACUUGAAAAAGCCAAAUUCGACCUCGACACAUUCCGCACAUUACAGGUCGGAGAAGAUGCAGCACUCAGCAGCCGUCUCGAGCAGUUGCGUGAUGAAGUCACAUUGGUGGUUCGUCGGGAACGUGAGGCCCAGGAUCUGUAUAAAUCCAGGAAAGAAGAACUUGAUGGACUGCUAGAGGGUACUGUGAAUGGAUGGCAUUGA